CUCUCUGAGCGCCUCCUGGUUAUCUCAGCCCUGCGCAAAGGCUCCCAAAGCAGCGAGACAGCCUAGGAUAAUCCUUGCGCAAGUGAAUCAUCAUGUCAGACAAGAGUGACUUAAAAGCAGAGCUAGAACGUAAAAAACAGCGGCUGGCUCAAAUAAGAGAGGAGAAGAAACGGAAGGAAGAAGAAAGGAAAAAGAAAGAGGCAGAUUUUCAGCAGAAGAAGGAACCAGCACAGGAAGAUUCUGAUCUAGACCGCAAGAGAAGGGAGACCGAAGCUUUACUGCAAAGCAUUGGUAUUUCCCCAGAACCUCCUCUAGUCCCAACCCCUAUGUCUCCCUCUCCGAAAUCAGUGAGCACGCCCAGUGAAGCUGGAAGUCAAGAUUCGGGAGACUUGGGACCUGUAGGGAGGACCCUGCAGUGGGACACAGACCCUUCAGUGCUCCAGCUUCAGUCUGACUCUGAACUUGGCCGCCGUUUACACAAGCUUGGAAUCUCCAAGAUCACCCAGGUGGACUUCUUGCCUCGGGAAGUGGUGUCCUACUCCAAGGAGACUCAGACACCGCUGGAUACUCAUCGCUCUGAAGGAGGUGUCAGGGCUCAUCAGGAAAAUGCCAACUUGAAGAAAGUUGAUCUAAAUAUUUACUGCCUACGUUUGAUGCCUGACAGAGGUUCCAAAAUGUUCAAAAACAUUGUUUCUUCUUCAAAAGUGGGUAUUGAUGGAAUGAAUGUGUCAUUAGCCAGCUAUGCUAAUCUGAAUUCAACAUAA